GCCGGGGAGGCUCUGAGCGCCGCCUGCGGCUGAGGUUUCGAGGCUGGCUGUUGCUUCCGGCCGCCGGAUCGCGAGCGGUCGUGGGUCCGCGGAGAAGCGCCGAGCGGCCGCGGACUCGCUGUGAUCUCGACUGCGGCGGGGGCGCGAGCUGCCCAGGCCGCGCCGCGACCCGUAGAGCCAGCCCACAUGGAUGCUAUCACCCACUCCCCUGUGGGAGCCGGGCUUCCCAAACACAUUCUGGAUAUCUGGGCCAUUGUCCUCAUCAUCCUGGCCACCAUUGUCAUCAUGACCUCCUUGCUGCUAUGCCCGGCCACUGCGGUCAUCGUCUAUCGCAUGCGGACUCACCCGGUCCUCAGUGGGGCUGUCUGAGCCCCUCCCGAGGGGAUCCUUUGGGAAGGAGGACAUGAGUCCCUUCCCCAGACCUGUUCCUGGUUCUCUAAGAAUUGAGCAGGAAAGACUUCAGAGGUUGGACUUGUGCCUCAGUUUCGAUUCGGUGGCUGGCUAUAUAUGUGAACUUGGUUGACUGAUGCCACUGUGAGCUCUGGAUUCCUUAUUUUCAGCUAGGGGUUGCAAUGCCUCCCCUUCUUUCCUCAUAGUGUUGAGAGAACCAAAUGACCUGGUGGAGGUGAGAGCUGUGUAUGAACAGCACAGCCAUGACAGAUGGGCCGAUGUUAAUGCCACGGGCUGAGAAGCGUUGAAGAACCAAAGAACUUACAUGCUAGGGAUGGGCUGAAGGGGGGUGAGGGAGAUGUUGAGGGGAAGAACAGCCAUUGCCAGUGUUCCUCAGGUCAGACUAAGCCAAGUGGCUCAAUGUUAUUCUCUUUGGAGUGUCACUCAUUUUCUUUGGAGUGCCAACUCUAUUUUCUCAGGUGGGCUAGUAUAGCAGAACAGGCAGGAAAAGCAAAACUAUCCAGGACCAGUCUCUGCCCCUGUGUACAUGACAGAAGGGUUCUGCUGUUAUCGCCAGUGCUAAUAGAAUCAAGGUAAAUGGGCUUGUAGUUUCGUAUUUCUGUUACCUUUGACAGUAAAUCAAUGUUGGAAUAUACAGGGUGACUGAAUUUCCUGCCCAAUUUUCAGGGACUCCAGCCCUACUCCUGUACUAGGGUUGCUGUAUAUCUCUGUCCCAGCUCCUGCUACAUUACACUCCGUCUACUCCCUCCCACCGGCAUUGCAGCCAAUGCAAGGUACUUAUAUUUUAGGAGAUAUUCCAAGGAUCUUUGGAACCAACUCAAAACAGAAAUAGUUAUUUUAGAUGCUAUGAUUUAUAUUUAUAUAGAGAUAUUUCUGGACUACCCAAGUGUUUCAAUGCACAAAACAGAAGCACCUUGAGAUUUAUUAAAUUAUCUAAGAAGAUAGAACAGACAUUGGGAUGUUGUGUGAAAAUGAUGCUUUUACUUUUAUCUUUAUUUCGUUGAUAUACACAACCAUUGUCCAAUAAAAUGGUAGAAUGAG